AUGUCGUCCUCGUACACGAGUCCCGGUGCGGUGGAGGUCCACGGACAUGGACAUGGCCUCGCUCACUCUUUCAGCCACAAUCUUGGACACGGCCAACAGCAGCAGCAGCAGCAGCAACAGCAGCAUGCACACGCACAUGCCCACGCCCACAAUACGACGAGUCCCGUCGCGUACUACAGUGGCCACACAUCCCAAGGAUAUGCGCCGGUCGUUGCCGACCCCGUUCUGACGUCCCCCUAUUCCGUCGCUGCGACCACGCCCUCGGCCACAGCCACGACCACGUCCACGAGCCCACCUUCUCUGCUUCUUCCUCCUCCACCACCGCCGUCUGUCCCGGUCAUGCGACCCCCACAGCACAUGUCCUCGUCGCCCAGCCCGUCGGCGUCGUCUGCCGAUCCUUCUCUUCCUCUUCCCCCACCCUCUUCUGCGGCAUCAACCACAGCAACGAAGCGCCGCCUUCCGCGCGCCGCCGCGACGUACCCGCGCAAGCGCGCCACGCAGGCGUGCCUGACGUGCCGGUUCCGGCGCACCAAAUGCGACAAUGCCCGGCCGGCGUGCGCAGCCUGUGUGCGGCUGGGCGCGGACUGCUCGUACCGCGAGGCCGACCACUCGACGUUUGACCCGGCGAGUUUGACCAUUUUGAAUCGGCUCGACGAUUUGGAGCGCUUGUUUCGGGAGAGGAGCGCAGGGACGGCGCCAGCUGUCCCGGGGCCACCCAUGGUACAGACGAUCCCCCCCAACGCCGUCAACGGUCAUGGUCACGGCCACGGCCACGGUCACGGCCGAAGCUUGGACGCCACCAGCCCCGCGUCCCAAAUCUCCCAGGCCCAGAGCGACCUGAGCUAUGCCGUCGACGUGUGGUCGCGCGACAAGCGGCCGCAAGUCAGCAUCGACGCCGUGCUGCAGUGGGCGCCGCUCAAGGACGAGGGGUUCACGACACGCAUGUUUCCCUCGCCGCGGCGGGACGAUGCGACGUCGCCGGAGGCGAACGGUGCCUUGAGCAACGGCAACGGCAGCAACUGGCGCGGUGCCAUUGACCUCGACCUGCCGGCCGCCGAUGCGGUGCUGCGCAGCUUCUUUGACAAUGUGCACGUCUUCAACCCGAUCCUCGAGGAGGAAGACGUCCAGGACUACGUCAAGAUGGUCCGGUUCCAGGGCAUCGGCUGGGACGCGGUGUCGUGUUUGACGCUGCUCAUCUACGCACUGGGCACGGCGUGCACGACGUUUGGGCGCGACUACGCCGGCGAGGUGGGGCUGCCGUCGGCGUUCCGGCAAUCGCCCGAGUUCCACGAGGCCGAGGCGUACUUUGUGGCGGCGCAGAAACGCAUGGGCAUGCUGCUGUGCCGCAGCGGCGUGAUUGAUGCGCAGUGCUUCUUUCUGGCGGGCGUCUAUCUGAUGACGACGCUGCGGCCCGUUGAGGCGUGGAAGAUGUUUGUGCAGGCGCUGGCUUGCUGCCAGGGGUUCCUGGUGCCGGACACGGAGGAGGGCCCCGCGACGUCGCCGGCCACCGAGGCAGCGGCAGGUGCUGGUGCUGCUGCUGCUUCAGUUGUCGCUGGAACAGAAGACGGCUCCAACCCCAAACGGCGCAUCUACUGGGCGUGCUACAAGUCGGAGCUGGAGCUGCGCCUCGAGCUCAACCCGUACCAAAAGGACGUGUGGGACCUGACGUAUCCGACCUUUUUCCCCUCGCCGCCCGACGCCCUCAAGGCCCGCGACGAGACGGCGUGGUACUUUUACCUGGCGGAGAUCGCCCUGACGCGGCUCAAGAACCGCAUCCUGAGCCACCUCUACCAGUCCGACACACACGCCACGCGGGAGAGCAACAUUGAAUACAUUCUAGACUUUGAAGAGCAGAUCCAGGCGUGGCUCGGGUCGCUGCCGCCGCCGCUGGAGCUGACAGCCUUGUACGGCGGCGGCGACGGCGAUGGAGAUGGCGAUGGCGACGGGGGCGGAGCAGCUGCCGCCGAGGACCGGCGCCGCGACCAAAACGAGGCGUUCCGGUAUGUCUUGAACGGCCACCUGCUCGACUGCAAGGAAAUCAUGUACUGGCCGUUUGUCGUCGAUGCCGUGCACGGGCGGUCGACAACAGCAACGGCAGCGAGCAAGAGCCGGUCAUACACAGCGGCCGGGCGGCACCACUUCGCGUCGUUUGUCCGCAAAGGGCUGCGGGUCUGCGUCGACCGCAUCCGGCAGAGCCACCAGGGGUUCCGGCACCGGCACCACGGCACGUGGCUGAUGCUGCGGUCGAGCACGCGGAGUGCACUGGUGCUGCUGGCGGUGGCGCGGUGUCCAUCACUUGCGUCGCAAGGGCCACACGGGCUCCAAGGGUUGGACCAAACAUUACCCGCAGUACCUUCACUGCCCACACGGCCGAUAUUGCCCGCCGGCUGGGACGACAGGGUGGCGGAUGUGGCCGACAUGCUGCAGCUGUGGCAGGACGAGUCGUCGGACGUGCGGGCGAUGUUGACGGCGGUGGAGGCGCUGUUGAGAACAUCGCCGAUGCGGACGGCGUAG